AUGCCAGCUCAAAGUGGAGAUCCUAUUACUUCAGCUCUUCAAUUGUCACUUUCUACUGUGAAAAAAUGCAAAAGUGGCGAGGAUUUAGAUUCAAGGCUAGUUGCCUCCGCUAAACAAAUCCUUUUUUCAGAAAUUAAAUAUGAAAAAAAUAAGUGUGUCAACACCAGUAUUUUAAAUGAAUUGAAAUCCAAGUAUAUAGUUUUAAGUACAGUAGUUAUUAAUAAUGUUAAAAGUGAUGAAGUGACUAGUUCAAAAGACAGUGUUAGUGUUGAAGCUGCUCCUAAGAAAGUAAUGGUAGUUUCCAAGGAACCAACAACAUUACCAACGCCUAAGAGGAUUCUAUAUUCCCCCGAUGCCGUUAGGUUGGGGUGGUCUAGUCAAGUUCCUGUCGGUUCAGGUUUCGUUAACCUUGGGAAUUCUUGUUAUCUCAACUCAAUUUUACAGGCUUUGUUUCAUGUUCCUGCUUUCGUCAAUUGGCUCUUAAAUGAUAAUACACAUACAUCGAGGUGUGAAUCGAUGAAUGGCAUUACUCACAGUGAAUGUUUGAUUUGCGCUAUGUCUAAAACUUUACAAUCAUCUCAUAAAUGCACUGGGUCUGUUGUUAAACCAUUACAGAUUUAUUCAAAAUUAAAAUCAAUUUGUAAACAUCUUGUUCAUGGUCAUCAGGAAGAUGCACAUGAAUUUCUUAGGUAUCUAAUUGAAGGAAUGGAGCGCUCAUAUUUAACCAUAUUUAAUGGGAUUAAGUUGGACAGCUAUAGUAAAGAAACAACACCACUUAACCAAAUUUUUGGAGGUUAUUUAAGGAGUGAAGUGACCUGCCUCGAGUGUCAGCAUGUCUCAACUACAUUCCAGCACUUUCAAGAUCUCCUACUGGAUAUCAGGAACGCAUCGUCUGUUGAGGAUGCUCUGGAUUCUUACUUCUCUCGUGAGAGGCUUGGAGAUGGUGAACAUGGAUACAGGUGUGAGCAGUGCAAAAGGAAAGUUGCUGCUACUAAGAAAUUUUCGAUAGAAAGGCCACCAAAAGCUCUUUGUAUAGCGUUGAAAAGAUUUGGUGUAACAGGUGGAAAAAACAGCAAACCAAUCAGUGUAAAACAGCACUUAGAUAUCAACAAGUAUAGGCACAGACCGACUCCAGAAUUUUUGAAGUAUAAACUUGUUUCUUUAGUCACACAUCUGGGAACAUCAUCAUCUUGCGGUCAUUAUACCGCUGUUGGUCAGACUGCUUAUGGGUCCUAUUAUCUGUUUGAUGAUAGUCUUGUUCGGCCGAUGUCGAUACAAAGUGUUCUCAACACUAAUGCUUACAUUUUGAUGUAUGAAAUGGAAACUGAAACCCAAAAACAAGCAGUGCAAAAGAAAGAAGUUUCGAAUGGUUUCACCAAUUCAGCUAAUGGUUUCUUGAGCAACAAGGUUGAUAGUAGCAGCAGCACAGACGCUAAGAUGAGCGAGCCGAACAGCAGUACGGCGACGGCUGGCGCUACCACCACCACUAGCCCUACAACUGCCUCACCUGCUGAGGUGAAGCCUGUCCAGCAGAAUGGUCUCAGCCUCCAACUGCCGUUCAGGCCCAGCGGGAAGGUGGUUCUCUUUGGAAAGCCAAGGGGAGAAAAUGUACAGGCCAACUCCUCUCUCUGUUGUUCGCAGGUCCUUCAGCAACAGCAGGGUCAAUCUUCUAACAAGAUCAACUUCCCUAAAUUUAUUCCACAGCGGAAGGAAACACUGGUUACCACAACGGUAGAUAAACAAGUUGGGAGGGACAAAUCCUCUCCAGCUAAAAAGGUUGACCGAUCACCCACACCAACUAAACAACAAUCAAGUCAUACGUCCAACUCUGAAAAAACACCUUCUAAAGAAGAUAACUGUAUUGACAGCAUUCCUCUUCCAAGCAUACCUGAUCGGAAAGCAGAAGAGAAAAUGUUUAGCAGCUCGGAAGAUGAACGUAAAUCAAGCCCGAGCUUAAGCCUCGUCCCAUAUCUUUCAGAAUCAAGUGAUAGUGAAAUAGAGUUCAUACCUCCCAAAUCAAGUCCAUCAAAGGAUCCAACAAAAUGUAAGAAUGUCGAAAAGACGAUAUCAGUUCAGCAGAAAGUGAAAGGAGUUAGAAUUGAAGUAGAAGGCUGGGAUUCUGUCUCUAACAGUUCCCAUUUAGGUUCUCGACCAGAACUACAUUCUCCCGCUGGAAGUACCUCAUCAGGCAAAUGGAGUGUAACUAGUGCUGAAAAAGAAAAGACGCCCGACAGACAAGAAAAGUCGCAGUCACCAAUGAAGGCUGAAGCUAACACAAAUGGCAACGGGAGCGCUGGAAGGAAGGAGAGGUGGGAUGGGAGCAGGGGCAGCAGCUCCACGAUGGAACACCUAAUGAAGGGCUCCCACAGGGGAUAUGGUGCCCAAGUCAAUUCAUGGAGCGGUGGAAGAAGUGAAUUGGAUAUGCAGGUUGAAGGAGAAAGAAACUACCUUAAAAGAAAACGUGACCACUAUAAUGAUGAUUUCGACAAAGGAAAGGCUAAGAAGGUAAAAAAAUUUAAUAACCACAACAAAGAUAAUGGUGGGAAGAAUCGUAACAGGUUUCAAGAAUAUCAAAACUGGAAGAACAACGGCUGGCAAGGUCAGAGGCAGAAAUUUUAUCACCGCGACUACCUUGAAAACAGGUCUAAACCAAGGUAUUACUUCAACAGGAACUCUCCCCGUGUCUGGGAGUAA